CCACUACUCUACUCUACUCUACUCAUUUCCCACACUGCUCACCAAACACAUGUGUGGGAGUGGCACGGGUUGUGUUGGAGAUACGGAAAUAAAUCUCGAAAAGCUUUCCGUCUCACUCCCGAAGGUAUAUGUCCCGUGGCUGCCUGACUUUUGAGUUGCCAAAAGUAUAGACCUCGAGUGUUUCUUCGUCCACAUUUUGCCGAAGGUCAAGAGUGGGAUCAUGGUGAAAAAUAUCAACAACAGCGAGGAUGCUUUCGAAAAGGAUAUCGAAAUCCAGUCCGCCCACUCUUCGUCUACCAUUAUCGAAGAUGAUGAAAUUCGGGAGGAGAUAAAUGGAAAGGGGGUGUUGAGGGAGGAAGACGGCAUCGAAGUCUACCCUGUAUUUGACGAAACACAAGAUGAAGAGCAGAGACAGAAAAAUGGUGCAAGGACAAGGACAAGUACGAAGAGCAGUUGGAAGGAUCCUGGGCCCCCUCCUGAUGGAGGAAGGGAGGCUUGGAUCCAAGCCGCAAUGGCCCACCUAGCAGUAAUGAACACCUGGGGCUUCAUUAACAGUUUCGGCGUUUUUCAAUCCUACUACGUUGCUUCCCUCCACGACUCCCCUUCCACAAUCUCCUGGAUCGGCACCAUGCAAAUCUUCCUACUCUUCUUCAUCGGGACUUUCACCGGGCGUCUCACAGAUGCCGGAUACUUCCGCAUCGUCUUCUUGACCGGCUCGAUUCUCGGCGUCGUCGGACUGUUCAUGGCAUCGUUGAGCACGACGUACUGGCAGCUGUUCCUGGCUCAGGGUGUGUGCUGUGGGCUGGGGAAUGGCUGUCUUUUUUGUCCAGCAUUGAGUUUGUUAAGUACGUAUUUUUCGAAGAAGAGGGGGUUGGCGAUUGGGCUUGCGGCAACGGGGUCAGCGACGGGGGGCAUGGUGUUCUCGGCUAUGGUGCAGCAGUUGCUUCCCAGAGUUGGGUUUGCGUGGACGAUGAGGAGCCUGGCAUUCAUCCAAUUAGGGUGCUUGGUGUUCUGUAAUUUACUGAUGAAGACGAGGAUGCCGCCAAGGAAAGCCGGGGCGGUGGUGGAUUGGAAGAGCUUUAAGGAGGCCACUUACUCUUUGUUUGCCGCCGGGAUGUUUUUUGUGUUUUGGGGUGCAUACUUUGCCUACUUCUACCUUGGCUCCUUCGGACGAUCAAUCAUCCACCUCCCAUACACGGAAUCUGUCAACCUUUUGAUCGUGCUCAACAGUAUGGGAGUUGUGGGCCGCAUAGGUCCAGGACUCAUUGCUGAUUGGAUCGGGCCGCACAAUUCCCUGAUACCGAUCGUGGCCAUAAAUUCGCUCUGUUUGUUUUGCUGGAUUGGCGUCACCUCAAAGGGAGGGCUGUAUGCCUGGGCGUGCAUUUAUGGGAUCGUCGGGGCUGCAAUCCAGAGUCUUUUCCCAACGGCUCUUUCCAAUUUGACGACGGACUUGAGAAUGGCUGGGACGAGAAUGGGUAUGGUAUUUACUAUCUUGAGCUUCGCAACAUUGACUGGGCCACCGAUCGCUGGAGAGCUGAUCCAGAGAAAAGGAGGAGAGUAUGAAUAUGGCCAGAUCUUCGCCGGCAUGGUGAUGUUUGUUGGAUGCUGUCUUCUAAUUGCGUCGAGAUACACAAGAAGUACGAAAUUGAUGGCGAAAGUUUGAGGGGUUCGUGGGUAUUGUGACUUAGCAUUUGCAUUGGGUGGGGAAUUGCAUCUGGGUAUUUCGCGCGCUAGCAACAUGUAUCGCAUCCACUCGACUAGAGUAGACACAUAGCAUAGAAGUAAUUGCAUCUGGUCCUUUAUCG